AUGUCGCUCCUCGUCGAAGACAACCGCCGUGGCGGCCGCUCGAGGUCGAGGUCCAGGACGCGUGACCAGCGACCCCACGAGGAGCUGCAGACGUACGCAGACGUGCGAGAGCCCAGCUACGUCUAUCCCGAAGACCAUCUCGACAGUGUCUACAAGCCUAGUCGUCGACAGGACGCCGCCGGCGGUCUGCCGUAUCCCGCAGAGGGCGGUAUGGACGGCAUGCUCCCCGGACGACAGUCUCUUUACAACUACGACGACGACGACAGGCCCGUCUAUCGCAAUGCCUCGCCGCCGCAGCACGAGUCUUCGUACCGCAGCUCGAAGAGCAAACUCGACAGCCACUUGCCGCGGUCGUUCCCCGACGACGACAAGGAGCGCCGCAGAAGCUCGAGAUACGGCGACGAGGAGCCUCGCGUCCGCCAAACAGAGCCGCCCAAGGACAGCAAGAACGGCCGCGGCGACCUGUCGGACGAGCUGCUCAAAUUCUUGCCCCAGAAAUACGGCCGCAAGUACGGCGAUGGCGGCGACAGGGACCGCAAGGGUGAGCGUCGGGCCAAAAAGGAGCGCGACGAGGAGGACUUGGCGUACGGGCCGCCGCCGACGUCGCAGCCUCCCCGGUCUCCCAGGCCAGACGAGUCGCCUCUUCCUUAUGGGGGGUAUGCGGCUCCUGGCCCGCCGCGGCAGAGUGAGAAUCGCUCGUCCCAGUACGGUCGCGACGAAGGGGGCGACAGGCGGCGGCACGGCCUCUCUGACGACGGCUACGGGACGAAAAAGUCGUCGCACAGAGACUCUUACCGUCAGGAGCCAUCGGGUUCCAGCGCCAAUGUCUUGACCGUCGAGCCGUCCGGCCGCGAACGGGACCGUCGGCGGGACAGAUCGCCGGGUCCUUCGAACCUUGCCGUCGAGCCUGAUCGCAGGGACAGGGACCGGUCGAGGGACCGCCGGGGCGGCGAAACGCGGGACAGGUCGCCCAAGCCUCCCACGGCGCGCAUGUCCUCGUUGACCGUCGACACGGGCCGCUCGUCGAACCUGUCUCUGGCCGCCGCCCCCGGGUCCCCGCUCCUCGAGUCCUACCACGGGACAUACCAGAACUGCUCGCCCAUGCCUUCGCCCCUCCUGCUGGCCAGCCAGGGCCACGGCGACGACGCCCGAGUCAUCGACGCCCUGUCCCCGCUCAACUCGGACGCCGAGGGCGAUGCAAAGAAGACAAGCCGGCGCGCGCGCUUCCACGACGGCGAGGACAUUGCCUCGAGCAUAGCCCAGGCGCUCCGGGGCGACAGACCCCCCCACACGCAGCCGCUCGUCGAGAUACUCCCCAGCCUCAGCCACGACCAGGUCAUGGAGCUGCGCGCCGAGUAUAAGCGCCUGGUCAAGACGGGCUCGGAGCGCAAGGGCGUCAACGUGGCCAAGCACAUCCGCGCGCGGCUCAAGGACGAGGACCCCAACCUCAUGAAGGCCUGCUACGCCGUCGCGCUGGGCAAGUGGGAGAGCGAGGCGUACUGGGCCAACUUCUGGUACCAGGGCGACAAGACGCGGCGCGAGCUGCUCAUCGAGUCGCUCAUGGGGCGCACCAACGCCGAGAUCCGCAGCAUCAAGGACGCCUUUACCGACAAAAAGUACGACAACAGCUUGACGAGGUGCAUGAAGACGGAGCUCAAGGAGGACAAGUUCAAAAAGGCGGUGCUCAUGGUGCUCGACGAGCGGCGCAUGGAGGACCUGGACUCGCACGGCCGCAGGGUGCCGCUCGACUACGACCUGGUCGACCACGACGUCGACGACCUGCGCCGGGCCGUCAAGGCGGAAAAGGGCGGCGAGAGCGCCAUGAUUGCCAUUGUCGUCAAGAGGAGCGACGCCCACCUGCGGGCGGUGCUCAAGGAGUACGAGCAUCACUACCGCGCCAACUUUGCCCGCGAGGCCCUCAAGAAGAGCGGCAACCUGGUGGGAGAGCUGCUCGCCCACAUCCUCAACGGCGUCAUCAACCGCCCCGUGCGCGACGCCCUCCUCCUGCACCACGCCCUCAGCGCCUCGCGCAAGGACGACCUGCGCCGCGAGCUGCUCAUCUCGCGCCUCGUCCGCUUCCACUGGGAGCCCGCCCACAUGCAGGCCGUCAAGCGCGCCUUUCGCGAGCGCUACGGCGGCGACCUCCAGGACGCCGUGCGCGAGGCCACGUCCGGCCUGUGGGGCCGCUUCUGCUGCGAGCUGUGCAUUGCUCGCAUGCCCAACGAUGUCAGGAGGGUCGAGAGGCGCUGA